AUGUGGAUUUAUUUACAAACCAAUCCGCUUGCACGAGCAAACGCGCAAGUCGGCCCCAUUAGAGGUGGAACUGAAAUCAUCCCCUUCUCCACAGUUACCAAAAACAACCAUGAACACGCCAAUAUCUACAUUGGCUUUUUAAGAGCCCACUUGAAAUAUUGCGGUUGCGGCCAAGUAAUGUAUCGGCCCAAUUUGUACAUUUUGCAACGUGACCCCGUUGCAGGAACUUUCAAGGCUCUAUAUUUAUCGUCAUCAAUAUCGUUCGAUAUACCUGUGUUUGGGUGGAGGAAUCGCAAGUUGCUAUGCAGCUCCAAUGCGCCUUCGGCACUCAUACCGAAUGGAAUCUCGUCCUGGGUAGUCGACCCGGUGACUGGGAAAGAUGUUUUGACACUAACGCUCAACGUUGCCGAUGAAAAUAACGAAAUUGUAUACCUCUACAAUCUCAAGUCGUUGGUGGAGGAGUUGUUGCAAGAUGCAGAAGAGUUGGGUGGGGACAAGUUAGGUGAAACUGGAGAGUCUGCGGUUGAUGCAGAACGGACACGAAAUGACCAAUUUAUGGAUUGUGUGGUGCGGGCAAGUACCAAGUUCUGCAAGAAUUAUGGUGAUGAGAUGACGGUAUUGGUGCUAAUGGAGAAGGCAUAUGCUGCUUUCAGGAAGAAAGAAGAAGAAAAGGAGAAACUUCGAAAAGGAACUCAGACCAAAGAUACGAAAAUUCAAGUGGAAAUGGAAAAAAAAAGGUAA